AUGGCGCCAACGCAACGUCAUUCGGUCGAGUAUACGCCGACGUACCAGCGUUUUGUGCUUAAGCAAAAGUCGUAUGCACAACAGUUUUCACAUAUUUAUGUAAGUCGAUUGCAGCAACUUCGAGAUGUAGUGACCGUUCAAGUACAGCAGCAGACUGGUGGUCGUGUUUCUGUGUUAUCUAAAGUAAUUGAUCUUAAGGCUGAUAGCUAUGAAUGUGUAGUAAUUGGUACUCUGCUCAAGAUAUUGGGAGCUAAACCAGAUUUAUUUGACGCAUUGGCUAGUGAAGCAGGUGUCACGCCUAUUGAAUACGUUCGGAAACCCUUGGCUACUGAGAAUGACGAGCUAUUGUUAGAGGAUGAAAGUGGACGUGUGCAGCUUGUGGGGAACAUUAAUGCAUCGACGUUUGUUACAGGAGUAGUCCUUGGACACUGUCUCCCAGAGCGACAGGGGAGUGAGUAUGUGGCUUUAAUAUCGGGACUAGGGAUCGGUCGGAAUACGAAUGACCAACCACUUCGUAAUCAUGUCCUUGUGGACUAUUUAGCUGGACGAUUAGGUGACGAAGAAUUAGUGGCUAAGAUUGUGCGGACAAUAGUGAUUGGAAAUGUCCUUGGAGCAAUCGGACAAGGAAAUAUUCAAGUGCCGACAAUCAUACGAAAGUCAGCAGAGCAAUUAGUUUUGGAAGGAGAACCAUUGAAAAAUGCUGAUGAAUUGAUUUCUACCCUAGCAGCGUCCAUGUGUGUGGACUUGAUGCCUGGAGCCUUGGACCCAAGUAAUUACACUUUGCCACAACAAAGCUUCCACCCGUGUCUAUUCCCACGUAGCUCCCACUUUAAAUCGUUUCGAUGUGUUACGAAUCCAUACGACGCGCAAGUUGGAGGUGUGCAAUUGUUUGGAGAUGCAGGGCAGUCAUUGCAAAGUAUACUACAGUGUACUCUUGCCAAAAGUGACGACGCUGAGGGUAGACAUGGUACUAUGAUAAUAGAUAAAGAAAGAUUGGAGCAGGAGCGAGCGCUGGAUUACUUGCAGUGCUGUAUUGAAUGGCGUCAUGCAGCUCCGACUGCUCCGGAUAUUUUAGCAUGUUUUCCUAUGGCUAAUGAGGACCCUUUCAUUUUCGACACUUGCCCGCACGUGUAUUUUUCUGGUAACCAGCCACGCUUUAGCACCCGCCUUGUCAAAGGAGCACAAGAUCAACAAGUACGACUAAUCACCGUACCUGCUUUUUGUGAGACAUCGACGAUUGUGCUGGUCGACCUGAAGGACCUGUCAUGUUUUCCCAUUACGAUUGAGGUGUGA